AGAGUUUGCUUGUGAGAAAGGAAAGUAAUUAGUAGUGUCUACGCCGUCUACGGUCAACAAGUCAUUGCACGGCAGCGAACGAGUGUUCCUGUGCGGGCCGGCCUAUGUAUGCUUGCCAUGGAUCGCUGCAACUCUGCAUUCUGCAUUUUUGAUUUUUUUGGGCGCUGUUGCCAAGUGGCCAACACAACAAGGAAUAUAUAUAUAUAUAUAUAUUAUUAUAUUACAUAAUAAUAUAUUACAUAUGUACUGUACUGUAUGUCUGUGCUGCGUGCGCCGACUGCGCCUGUGCGAUCGUGUGCGAUUUUGCGGUGGGGAAUGUGGGGAUUUUUGUGGAAAUAAAUAUGUAUUUCUAUGGCGAUGCGAAAUGUGAAUUGUGAGUAGUGAAGAGAAGUAAGAAAAGUGCUGAGGCUGAGACGUGACGAAUGUGAAUUUGACCGAAGACCGAUAUUUGUGUCAUUUGUGUUGUUUCAUAUCACUCCCAUUAUUUGAGGAAAAGUACAAAAUACAUAAUUUGAAAGGGAAAAGUUUACAGGCACGACCGGCCAUUAGUUUUGACAGAAUUUCAUAAAUACUCGUUUAUAAACAAGAUUUAAGGCAGCAAACAAAAUGUUUGGACAUCAAGGUGCUCACAUGUCUGGGCUAGAAGCCUUAUUUGAUAGCAUUCUCCUCCAAAAAGACAUGAUGAAAUACCACCUGGUUCAACUGGAUCCGGAGGAGCUGAGGAUGAUGGGCAACAAGUUCUACAGGAGCAACGACCACUGGCAUGCCAUCUCUGCGUACACCAAGAGUUUGGCCCGAGCACCGGCCGGCAGCGAACUGCGCGGCCUGGCCUACGCCAACAGGAGCGCCGUCCUGCUCACCCUGGGCUACUAUGAAGAGUGCAUCAGGGACGCUAAAAUCGCCAUGGAGAACAACUACCCUGAGAAUCUGGCUCAAAAACUGCACAUGAGAAUGGCAGUUGCUUACAAAGCCUUGGGUAAAGAAGCCGAGGCUCAAGAGAGCUUGGAGGUUGCAUUGAAGCUGAUCGAAGAUCGGAAAAUGAGACCUGAGGUGGAGGAGGCAGUCAUCAAAAGCCUCCGCGAUGAACUGGAAGAGGACCACGUGCCUCAAGUUCCUCACAUGCUAGUCAAGUACGCUGAACCCCCUCAACUGAGCUAUGGGCCGAACCCUGAGGAUCCUCGGCUCUCGGCUGCUGUUACUGCCUCAGAUGGAUUCCUCACUCAUACUUUCAAAGCCAAUAGAAAUAUUAAUGUUGGUGAUGUCAUUCUUGUUGAGGAGCCUGUAAUUUAUGAAACAACCUGUGUUGUUAGUGAAGGUGAAGCAGCUUGGAUUUACUGCAGUGAAUGCUUGAAACUGUGUGUGAAUUUGAAGCCAUGCUCAACAUGCUCCUGGGCUUGCUACUGUAGUGAAGAAUGUGCCUCCAGAGCCUGGGAGAAGUUCCACAAGAACGAGUGUUCUGCGAAGCAAAAGGUCCUGGAAACUUUGAUAAAAAAAAAAUGAUGGCAAAAUCCCAAUCAAUUUCCGGAG